AUGAGUGACAAUAAUGAACAUAUACAAGGAACAAAUUUUGGUCAGCAUACGAUGUCUAUGCCGGUUUUUCUCAUUGAAGAAGGACAAGAUUUAGACCAUCGUCUAAGUACGUCGGUCAAUACUCCACGUCGAUUUUCGACUACUUCUCAGAAUUUUUUGCCAUAUGGUGAUGAAUACCGUAGACAAGAACGUGUUCCACCGUCAAGUGCUGAAUUCCGACAACGGUGUUUUUCAAGAACUGACAACGGUUAUGAUGGACCUAUCAAUGAGCGGCGAUUAUCAGUCAUUUCGGAAGGAAAUCAUUUGACAGAAGACGAAGAAAAUGGAAUAUCAAGUUUGAUUAAUUUGAAUUCUCUUGGAAGGAAACGUGAUAGACGUCAUCGUCAAAUCUUAUUUAUCGUGGAACCGAUAAUUAUUGGUUUGUUUCUACUUCCAGUUCUUGUUCUUUUUUGGCAAUGUGGAUGGAAUCUUGUUUGGACUCUAUUGAAAGCAAUCAAUCAACAUUCAUUAAGACAAGAACACCAUACAAUAUCUGAUGAAGACUUAACUCAUUAUUCGAUACGUACUUUGCUCAUUCCGUAUUUGAUCGUUCAAAUUUUUCUUCUACUUCUCUAUCUCGGUCAAGAUUUCUUGUAUGAAUUUUUGAAGAAACGAAAUUGUUUUCUUCAAUUAGUUCUCUUGAAAUUGCACAUUCUUGUAUUAGCAUCAAUAUACAUAGUUCAAUGGGAAAUGUUAUGGACAGUCUGGGAUCAAUAUACACCUCAUGAAUGGUAUUUUGAGUUAGUUCUUUCUUUUACAUCGCUAUUUGCAUUGAUUGUAUUGAUUGGACAUUUAUCUGAUCUUGUUUGUGCACCAUUUCUUGUUAGUUAUGAUCACAUUGAACAUUGUAUACAAUUCGGUUGUCCAUUACUCACGCGACAAAUGAAUCCAUGGAAAAUAAAUUUGAUAAAUUAUGUUUUGUAUGAAGUAAUAAUUUCAAAUAUAGCAAUAAUGACAUGGCGUGGCUUUUAUCAUUUUCUUGAUGAAUGCCUAUAUCCAAAGGAUGCGGAUAAAUCAGCUUGGAUUUGUUUAUUAGUUGGUUAUGUUCUAUAUUUUCCUUUAAUGUAUUUUCAAAAUUAUCUUGAAUAUUUAAAUUUGAAAUUUGAAUUUUGGACUUUUGUUUCAAUUAAUUUCCCUCAACUCUAUCGUAAUAUACGUCAUCUAUUGGCUUUUUUUUCAUGUCUCUUUCUUUGGCGUGGUAUUUGGCUUCUCUAUGAUUCUCAUAUUGUCAUUUUCGAAUCACCUGUCCUUACAUAUAUGUUAUUAUAUUUGGCAUCAUUUUUGUUUUUGGCAUUAAUUCAAACAUCAUCAUCAAUCAAUGGUCCUUUAAGUAAUAUGGAAGACGAGAAUCAAUUUUUUCCACUCUAUCCAAAUUGUUAUGUUUCUAUUAUUGUUCGAAAAUUUUCUCGAAUGCCAUGUUGUAAUUAA